AUGUUGAACUCUGGAGGUCGCCGUUUGCCUUUCGGCAAGGCUGGCAGUUCCUCGAAUCCUCACUUUGAUGAACGCUACAAUGUACCGUUCAACCAGUUUGCAAAGCAAUUAAAUCCUGAAGAAACCGAAAAAGAACUCAAGGAACUGUUGCAAAACAUCCAGUAUGAAGAUACAUCUACACCGCAGGAUCGUGGUAAUACCCCUGAUCGUCUACGAGUCACUCUUAUGGAGCAUCAGAAAGUGGGUCUACAAUGGCUUAAGCGCAACGAGGAAUCGUCGAACAAAGGUGGUAUGUUGUGUGAUGACAUGGGUCUUGGAAAGACUAUACAAGCUAUGGCACUCAUCGCUGCUCGCCCGUGUACCGAUGCUACACCACUCAGACACCUUCCCAUGAUGCGCCGAGGCAAACGUCGAGCUAAUCAAGAACUCAUCAAGACGAAAGCGACGCUCGUUGUUUGUCCUGUGUCGUUAGUGGCUCAAUGGGAACGUGAACUCGUCACCAAAACCAAUCCACCGCUGAAAGUAUAUGUUCAUCAUGGCCCGCAAAGAUCAGCUGAUGAGACCGAAAUUGCAGACUAUGAUGUUAUUGUCACGGCUUACACAAUUGUCGGUAACGAGUGCGUCGAAGAGGAGGAUAGACGUGGACCUUUGGGUCGUCUUAAGUAUCAUCGGGUCAUCCUGGACGAGGCCCAUACGAUUAAGAACUAUCGAACCAUCAUGGCAGUGGCAUGCUGCAGAUUGGAAACCGAAUAUCGUUGGUGUAUGACCGCUACACCGAUCCAAAAUCGUGUUGAGGAAUUAUACUCUUUAAUCAAGUUCUUGCGUAUUCGCCCUUACUGUGAGUGGAAAGAGUUCAGAGACGAAAUCAAGAAACCACUCAAUAAUGGCGAUCAGAAAUUUGCACUCAAAAGAGUACAAGCAUUGCUCAAGGCUAUUGCUCUUCGUCGAUCAAAAAAGGCCAAGAUCGAUGGUCGACCGAUCUUGAACUUGCCUGAACGAAACGUUCACUUCACCCACAUCAAUUUCACUCCUGAUGAACGCGCCUUCUAUGAUUUCGUCAACCAGAAAUCCCAGGCUCAAUUCAACAGAUAUAUGAAAGCUGGUACUGUUAUGAAGAACUAUUCUUCGGUCCUGGUGCUUCUGCUUAGACUGCGUCAAGCAUGCCUUCAUCCGAGGCUCACAAUGCUCGAUAGAUCAUCAGAAGAAGAAGAUGUAGACGUUGAUGCUCAGGAGGAUCUUGCGGCUUCUAUGGAUAAAACUGUUGUUAACCGUUUACUCCACGAUGAUACUGACUUCAGCCAAAUCGAGUGUCCUAUCUGUAUGGAUAUGGCAGAUCAUGCUCAGAUCAUCCCUGGAUGUGGACAUAUGCUGUGUCGAGAAUGUUUGGGUAAUUACUUGAACUCGGAGCGAGGAGAAUCGGAAAAGCGCUGCCCACAAUGUCGUGGUCAACUUGUCGGUGACAAAGUGGUCACUAUAGAAGUGUUCCUGAAGAUGCACGCUCCCGAUUUAUACGAUGAGUUUAUUGGAAACAAGGAAGCACGAAACGAGGAGGAGAAGGAAAUAAAUACACGGGCUGAGGAUUUGCCUUCGAGCUCAAAGAUUGACAAGAUGCUCGAGAUUUUACAUGAAACCCGACGCCAAACCAAAAACGGAGACAAGACUAUCGUGUUCUCUCAGUUCACAGCAUUCUUGGAUAUCAUGGAAACUCCUCUCAGGGAGAACGAGUUCAAGUAUGUUCGCUUCGACGGCUCUAUGACUGUAGCUAAGCGCGAUGAGGUUCUGCAAACGUUUUUCAAUGAUCCAAGAUACACCGUCCUUCUGGUCUCGACGAAAUGUGGCUCGCUUGGUUUAAAUCUUACGUGCGCUAAUCGAGUUAUCCUCAUGGAUGUUUGGUGGAAUCCGGCACUUGAAAACCAGGCAAUCGAUCGAGUGCAUCGAAUUGGACAGAGAAAAAAUGUUGAAGUACAUCGUAUAUUUAUCAAUGAUACGGUCGAAGACCGCAUUUUAGAACUCCAAAAGAAGAAGCAGGCAUUGGCGGAUGGUGCUUUAGGAGAAGGAGGAGCUGAGAAACUUGGCAGACUUGGUCUUGACGAGCUAUUGUACUUGUUCCGUGGUUCGUCAUCAGGAUAA